AUGGCCCCCUUCAGAUCUCUUUUCACUCUCUUGGUUAGCCUUACCGUUGUCAGCGGUUUCGCCCCUGCUUCCAGAUCCGCUGUCUCCAAAUCCAGCGCCUUGAACAUUGUCAACCCUGAGGUUUACGAACAGGCACAAGCUAACUGGGAAAAGGACUUCGGACCCCUUGUCAAGUACGGAUGGGGACCAACUCCUCUCGCUGAAAAGUGGAACGGACGUCACGCCAUGUUUGGAUGGUUCUUCAUCUGUGCCACUGCCUACUGCAAGGGACACGGAUUGAUCCCUGAUGCUGAUGCCCUUUUGGACUUGAAGCAAUGGGGAACCCUUGCCACCAUUUCCAAUAAGGACACCAUCUCCAGCGAACGUGCCAUCAUCUUGAUUGCCAACGCCCAUGCCUUUGGUGUCUCCCUCAUGGCCACCAUCUGCCCUCCAAUGUUCGGAGACACUCUCCUUUUGGACCCCAACCACCCUGAAUACGAACGCAUGGCCGCCCGCAACAAGGAAGGCUUCGGAUACUUGCCAGCCUUGAACUUCGGAUUGACCGAAGAAGCCGAAAUUAUGAACGGACGCUUGGCCAUGGUUGGCAUUAUUGCCCUUGUCAUGUCCAGUGCCAUCUUUGAAAAGUCCAUGUUGGACAUUGUCAACGACUGGGUUGGUGGAGCCUACUUCUAG